GCUCAGUUGCAAGUCGACUGCUGGCCAAGGCGCACGAGAAACUCGGAAAACAGCGGGCAACCCAAAAUACUUUUAAUUAUUAAAGCCAAAAUUAUUUGGCCAAAGGCAAAAGAAAAGCUCGAGCAAAGAAACUAUUGGCUUGGCCGGAAUCAGUUUUCAAUUUCGUUUUGAUUUUCGACCUCUGACCUCGUUGCUGCACUGGAGGUUCUACGACAGCAAACUCGUUCAAUUGCCGCCCUCAAGAGGAAAUCUCAACUCAAGACGACGGAAAAAAGCUGCACUUUGUGAGUCCCGCGCGCCGAAAAUCGGUGCUGGCCCCAAUCCUCAAUAAGAUCAAGAAUGGCGCGGAUGCGGCGGACAGUGCCGAGAAGAAACUGGGCAGCGAGAGCAGCGGCAGUGGUCACAUAGCGGUCCAGAUUGAGCCAGCCAGAAGGGUGAAGCGUCACAGCAUCCACGGCAUGAUGGAGGAGGAGAACACGAUCCGGCCGCAUCAGGAAAUUCGGCAGCUGACGCUGGAGGAGAAGAAGUUCCUGCUGGCCGUGGAGAGGGGCGAUAUGGCCGGCACACGCAGGAUGCUGCAGAAGGCCCAGGACACGGAGUACAUCAAUGUGAACUGCGUGGAUCCUCUGGGACGAACAGCUCUGCUGAUGGCCAUUGACAACGAAAAUCUGGAAAUGGUGGAGUUGCUGAUCAACUACAAUGUGGACACCAAGGAUGCUCUGCUGCAUUCCAUCUCUGAGGAAUUCGUUGAGGCUGUGGAGGUUUUGCUGGACCACGAAAACGUCACCUUUCACAGCGAGGGCAAUCAUAGCUGGGAAUCCGCCUCUGAGGACACGUCGACCUUUACGCCGGACAUUACGCCCCUGAUCCUGGCGGCUCACCGCGACAACUAUGAGAUCAUCAAGAUCCUCUUGGAUCGGGGUGCCGUGCUGCCCAUGCCCCAUGAUGUGCGAUGUGGCUGUGAUGAGUGCGUUCAGUCGCGGCAGGAGGAUUCCCUCAGACACUCGAGAUCGCGCAUCAACGCCUAUCGGGCCCUGGCCAGUCCCAGUUUGAUAGCACUCUCCUCCAAGGACCCCAUCCUCACGGCCUUCGAACUGUCUUGGGAGCUGCGUCGACUUAGCUUUCUCGAGCACGAAUUUAAGAAUGAGUACCAGGAGCUGCGCAAGCAGUGCCAGGACUUCGCCACCGCACUGCUGGACCACACUCGCACCUCCCACGAGCUAGAGAUCCUGCUCAACCACGAUCCCACCGGUCCGGUUUACGAGCACGGCGAACGGAUGCAUCUAAACCGCCUGAAGCUGGCCAUUAAACUGCGCCAGAAGAAGUUCGUGGCCCAUUCGAAUGUUCAACAACUGCUGGCAAGCAUUUGGUACGAGGGAUUGCCAGGAUUCCGGAGGAAGAACAUGGCGUUGCAGGCUGUGGAUAUCAUACGGAUCGGCAUAAUGUUCCCCAUCUUCUCGCUAGCCUACAUCCUGGCACCCUACUCCAGCAUUGGCCAAACAAUGCGAAAACCCUUCAUUAAGUUCAUCUGCCACAGCGCCUCCUACUUCACCUUUCUAUUUCUAUUGAUGCUGGCUUCUCAGAGGAUUGAGACCUUCAUCGGAGGCUGGUUCUUUGCUGAUUCCUCCGGAAUGCUGAACACGAUGGAGGAGCUGCCCACGAAGCGCGGAGCCAAGCCCACCUUUAUUGAGUGGCUAAUCCUGGCCUGGGUGAGCGGUCUCAUCUGGAGCGAGGUGAAGCAACUGUGGGACGUUGGUCUGCAGGAGUAUCUCAACGACAUGUGGAAUGUGAUCGACUUUGUCACGAACUCCCUGUAUGUGGCCACAGUGGCUUUGCGGGUUGUAUCCUUCUUUCAGGUCCAAAAAGAGAUGAUAUACAACUCGCAUGCGACGGAUCUGCCGAGAGAGCGGUGGGACGCCUGGGACCCGAUGCUCAUAUCGGAGGGUCUAUUCAGUGCAGCGAACAUUUUCAGUAGCCUCAAGCUGGUUUAUAUAUUCUCGGUGAAUCCGCAUCUGGGGCCACUGCAGGUGUCGCUGUCCCGGAUGGUGAUGGACAUCAUGAAGUUCUUCUUUUUAUAUGUCCUAGUCCUGUUCGCUUUUGGCAGUGGUCUCAAUCAGUUGCUGUGGUACUACGCCGAUCUCGAGAAGAAACGUUGUCCUGAAGUUUCGCCCAUGAGUGCUCUUCUAAACAUGAAUGGAACCAAUGAUCCCAAUGCUUGCAUUGUGUGGCGCAGAUUCUCCAAUUUAUUCGAAACCACACAAACCCUCUUCUGGGCUGUCUUCGGCCUAAUCGAUUUGGACAGCUUUGAGUUGGAUGGAAUCAAGAUCUUCACCAGAUUCUGGGGCAUGCUAAUGUUUGGAACUUACUCGGUUAUAAAUAUUGUGGUGCUGCUCAACCUACUUAUUGCCAUGAUGAAUCAUUCGUAUCAACUUAUUUCGGAACGUGCUGAUGUGGAGUGGAAGUUUGCUCGCUCCAAACUCUGGAUAAGCUACUUUGAGGAGGGCGGAACCUGUCCACCACCAUUUAACAUUAUACCAACUCCAAAGUCCAUUUGGUAUGCCAUAAAAUGGAUGCGUCGCGUCUUCUGCAGCGGAUCCUCAGCCGCUCGACGGGAACAUCUAAAGACAAUUCGACGAAAGGCGCAGCAGGCUAGUGAUCGGGACUUCAAGUACCAGCAGAUAAUGCGGAAUUUGGUCAGACGUUAUGUAACCGUGGAGCAGCGAAAGGCCGAAUCCCAGGGAGUCACCGAGGACGAUGUGAAUGAGAUCAAACAGGAUAUAUCCGCCUUCCGGUGCGAGCUGGUGGAAAUACUCAAGAACAGCGGAAUGGAUACGAAUGUGACGGCGGGUCAAGGAGGUGGUGGUGGCAAGAAAAAUCGCCAGAAGGAGAGGCGCCUGAUGAAGGGCUUCAAUAUCGCACCGCCUGGCUCCACGGGAUCGCUGGCUCCAGUUGCCGAGUUCUCCACAUCGUUGGACAACUAUGAUAACCAGCAUGAGAUCCUCAGUUCCACACUAUCCACCCUUUUCACACCAAACUUUAUGCACAAGCGGCAGCAAAGUCAGGCCGGAAGUGGAGGCGGUGGAUCGGAGUCACCGACCACGCCCACAGCGCCACAGGGAACUCAGGGGGCGGCAAUGACUGCCAGUAGCCAGGUCACCAAGUACAACAAGUCCGCCCUGAAGCCGUACAACAAGCGAAUCGCUGGACACAAAAAGAGAUGGGGUACCUUAAUUGAAGCCGCCAAAGUCGGAAACGUGAGCAAAAUGCUGGGCCGAUCGAAGUCUGAGGAUUCGGUGUGCAACUCCUCGCACACAUCAACGCCAGUUCAUGGCCAGAUGCGGGUGACAUAUGCGCAGAACUCGCCACAGCAGGAAUACGGUUACCAUGGAGAGACCAGUUCCACGACCAUAUCCACACCAACGCCUACGAUUUCGGUGGUCAGCAAUUCGCCAGCAGCUCACGCCGGAGUGGGAUCGCAUUUCUUUCACACGACAAGUGGUCUCACUGCCAUUGCUGCACUGAAGCGUAAGCGCAAAAAGUUCUCAUCGAGCAAGAAUAUUUGUCCGGUUACCGAAUCCGUGGCAGCGGCCAAUGCUGCUGAGAUACUGAAUGAUAAGACCCUUAAGCGGGUGUCCAGCUAUCCUGCCGCCGAGGCCGGCGUGCAGCACAAUCCAGCCCAAUUGGUCAAACCAAGACGACAUGAGCAGACGCAGAGUCAACACGAUUCGGUGGAGACCAACUCGACCUUCACUCUGUCCAUCGAUCCAUCCAAUACGUCAGUGAACUCCAGGGAGCCGCUAAUCAGCACCAGUUGUGUUUCGACCACGGGAGCUAUUGGUUGAAGGAAUUUUUGGAAGAUAGGGAGGAGGCCAGAGAUACCAAAGAAACUAAUUAGAUGGCGCACCUGAAGAAGAUACUUAGAUCCUAUGCAGAUACACUUUGUUGACAUUUUUGAUAUGAAAACAUCACGAGUGUGCAGCUAAACAUACUGAAGAUGCUAUACUUAGACUAACUCAGCCUAGAUCUAAAAUUACCUCACCAUGUUAAGUUAUAGACACCAUUCAGAUGAAUAGCACAUGCCACUCAAUAACUGUUAGCCAACACUGGCCACCCAGAAGCAACUACUUUGCACUACUGAAACGAUAUGUCCUAUACCUCAAUCUAUAAUAUAGAUUCUAUAUCCAUCAAACUUAUUUACAAAACUUAGUCUACACAUCUUACUACAAAAUCAUCAUCUAUAAAGAAGAUAAAAAUUCGGUCAACCUUGCAGUUAGGAACCAAAACGAUUAGAAGAUCCUUAUGAGAACUGCACGAUAUAGACAUCCGAGGUUUACAUUUACAAAUAAAUACUAUAAAUAGUAUUGUAAAAGCUUCUACGCAUCCAGAUUUCCUCCUCCACCUGAACCAUGAAGCACACAUAUCAUGCAAGCGCUUUAUAGAUAUACCUUUACACCGAAAACCAAGUAUAGAUCCAAUAAAAUCCUUUAUUAAAAACAUAUACGAAUACGAAAUACUAAACUAUCCCAUAUCGAUGUUGAACGUUGCCUUAGCAUGAAACAUAUUUUUUAUACACAUAAGUUUUGGAUGAACAUUGAAUAACUGAAACGUACUAUAUCCGCAAUGAUGAAAGCGCUGUGUAUUUGUUGAUUUGAGAGAAAGGAUUUUGAAACCAAGGAUUUGUUGUUGUUGUUCCAGCAAGCAAGCAAGUUAGCAGAAAAGCAAAGCAAAGCAAAAGCAAACGCAAAGCAAAAGAAUUAAAUAAAUCAAAAGAUACCACAAUUUUAUACACCGAUUUUAACCAACACGACAAACAAUAAUCGAAUCGCAUACUACAUAAGUGUUUGCAUUUUAUGGAUAUAUAAUAUAUAUCCGGACUACGGUGUGCAUAUCCAUGGCUUGCACUCACGACGAUUUUAGCGUGUAUUAUAUACAUACAUAUAUAUAUAUACAUAUAUAUAUAUAUAUAGAAUACAAAUAUGAAUAAUCGAAAUUUUUAGAUGAUUUUUGCGUUAAUGUAGACAAAUACCCACACAACUACACGAAUAACAUACGGAAUAUCAACGAAAACAAUAACAAGGAAUAUCAAAUAGCAUUUUAUAUAAAUACUUUCUUUUGGAGCAGCAACAAUAUGUUGCACAAUCGCCAGAUAUGUAUGUAUUUUCUGCAUCCAGAAAAAAAGGACCGAGCUAGCAGGCAGACGAGAUACCAAAUACAACGUUAGAAUAAAAUAAAAAUUGUUAUUUGCACGGAAAUAUAAAAUAAUAAUAAAACAAU